CUCGGGAGGCUGUUGCAGCUCGGCGGUGGACGCACAGUGCCACGAGCUGUGUAUUGUUCCCGCCGGUGAACAUGUAGCGACCAUGACCGUGCGCGACGCACUUUCGUCGCGGCAUGGGGACUGUCCCAGAUACUGCGCGCCGUGCGAGAUCGGCCACUUCACUACGCAAGCAGAAGGUGAACAGUACCAGUACGUCCAUGGUGCCGUCGCAAAGAGGUUCCUGCGUGCGCGAAUCCCGUGGCGUCCCAUGCUGAAUCUGAACACCGGAUACGAGAAGGCCGUGCGCAUAAACUGGGAGAGCGUGGCACGUAGAGAAACUCUACUCCGCUGGGUUAUUCUCAACAAAGACAAGGUGGGGAUAUGUUCAUCGGACGAGCAGGCGCCACCGUUGGAAACGAAGAGCAUAUGCACGGAUUUUAUCUGUCGACGGAGCACAUUGACAAUCGUUAUGUGCACGCCAUAUGAGGAGAAUAAAGGCUGGCGGCUGGGGGCAUGCAGACACAAAGGCAUCGUGUACCUCCAUGAGCAUCCUACAAUGGAGGAAGUACAUCGAUCCCUCAAAGAGAGACGUGACUGGAAAUUGGAUCGUAUGACGUACUGGGGCAGCAAGUUCCAUCGUAGCAUGACCUCAAGUGGCUGCACCAUGCAGGCUGCUCCCGUUUACGCCUUCACCCCAACCUGCCUGCGUUUACCCAAAUACCGGACAAGCUAA